AGAUUGUAUUACAUUAUCUAAAAGUGAGAAAGUAAACCCCAGCUGUUAUUCUUUUCACAUGGAAGGACAAUCCCUAUUAUGCCAUGAAUGUUUCAUUGCUGAACAACCAUAGAUAUGUUUCCUCUAAUUUGGCUCCCGUUCCUCCAACAGUGAGCAAGACCUGCCAGCAGAGCUCACUGGAGCAGGGAGACAUCCCGUCAUCCUUUUGGCGCCUGACAAAAUCAUCACAGCAGCCGAAGUUGCUGUGCAGAGGGAGGAGAUCCUCCAAGCAUCAGGCCUCAUCCCUGCACAGAGGGAGGGUAUUCUCCAAACAGCCAGUGUCCUUGCACAGAGGGAGGGGAUCAUCCAAACAGCCAGUCUCCCUGCACAGAGGGAGGGGGUUCUCCCAGCAUCAGGCCUCAUCCCGUCACAGAGGGAGGGGAUUCUUCCAGCAUCUUCUAUCACUGCGCAGAGGAAGAUCCUCAGAGCAUCAGGCCUCAUCCCUGCACAGAGGGAGGGGAUCCUCUCAGCAGCUAGCGUCACUGCACAGAGGGAGGAGAUCCUCCGAACAUCAGGCCUUAUCCCUGUACAAAGGGAGGGGAUCCUCCAAACAGCCAGUGUCCCUGCACAGAGGGAGGGGGUUCUCCCAGCAGCUAUAAUCAUUGCAAAGAAGACGGAGAUCCUCCGAGCAUCAGGCCUCAUCCCGUCACAGAGGGAGGGGAUUCUCUCAGCAGCUAGCAUCAUUGCGCAGAGGGAGGAGAUCUUCCGAGCAUCAGGCCUCAUCCCGUUACAGAGGGAGGGGGUUCUUCCAGCAUCUUCUAUCGCUGCGCAGAAGAAGAUCCUCAGAGCAUCAGGCCUCAUCCCUGCACAAAAGGAAUUAAUCCUCCUGAUGGCCAGUGUCACUACGCACAGGGAGGGGAUUGUCCCAAAGGCUAGUGUCUCUGCUGAGAGGAAGGGGAUCCUCCAAAACCAGUGUACCUGCACAGAGGGAGGGGGUUCUUCCAGCAGCUAGCAUCACUGCGCAGAGGGAGGAGAUCCUCAGAGCAUCAGGCCUCAUCCCUGAAGAGAGGGAGGACAUCCUCCUCAUAGACAGUGUCCUUGCACAGAGGGAGGGGUUUCUUCCAAAAACUACUGUCACUGUGCGAAAGGAGAAGAUCCUCAGAGCAUCAGGCCUCAUCCCUGCACAGAGGGAGUUGAUCCUCCUGAAGGUCAUCGUCCCUGCGCACAGGGAGUGGAUCGUCCCAAAGGCUAGUGUCCCUGCAGAGAGGGAGGAGAUCUUCCUCACAACCAGUGUCCCUGUGAAGAAUGGACACAAUCAUCCCCAUGGUGGCACCACUGUGGAAAUGGGAUGGUGGAGCAUGUACUCCACCUGUGGAUUUCUAUUCCAAGAGAAGAGAUGUCCGACUUAGAUAUGUUGAGCAUCCUGCUAUGAUGUCCAUCACCAAGCCGGAACACUCCGAGGCCAACCCUCAGUGCCAGACUGGCAGCCUGCCGGUGGCUGAGCCCGAGACUCCUGCUGUUCACAAUAACAGUGGAGGCUUGCUCAGCUGGGUCUUUGGGAGUGGAAGAGUUAAUAAGAAGGAGGUUCAUCUACCUGAGGACAAAGACAGAUCUAUUGUCUGGGAUCCAACUCUGCACAGAUGGGUUAACAAAACUGAGCCCAAGGCUGAGAACAAGUGUGUACCACCACCUCCACCGAUGGGGACAUAUGGAUAUCAGGGGAACACUGACAGUGUCCCCAAAGGAGUGAAUCCUUACUCUAUGAAAGCAGCAGGUCUAUGGGGCAGCAGAUACCCUACAAUGCAUUACAAUGAUGGGACCAACUCAAAGCCUCCAAGCCAUGGGCCUGGACUCCUUCCUAGACAGCUCUCUGGCUUGCUCCCUCCUUCACACUUUGACCUCAUGGCACCAAUGGUUGUGCCACCUGACACUCUACCCUACUGAGGCCAUUUGCCCAGAGUGGAUUUGCCAUACAUAGAUUUUUUCAGCUUUAAAAAUCUUCAGCAUAAAAAAGUAUUAAAAGAUGAUAUUUUAAUUAAAUCUCUCCUUUGUGUCCUCAUGUAAACAUUAAUUUAAUGUGUUCUAUCACCAUUUACAAUGCUUAUUGCUUCUGCAUUUCUUUACAGACAAGAGUAUAUUAUACACAUAUAUUUUAUUUUAGACAUUACAAAAACAUAUUUUUGUGCAUUUUGGAUUUCCUACAUAUACCUGUACAGACAAGUAUAUUUUAUACAUAUCUAUUUUUUUUACGACAUUUUUGUAUGUAUUCCAUAGACAGAACUACAUAUAUUGGAAUCGAACGUUCGCAGAGAUUGUUUUGACUGGAGUGAUGCUUAGGACUUCAUAAAAAAAUCUAUUCCGUUUUAUUUUACCACUACAGUCUGUUCGUCGGACGAAACUGGAGAAAAAUAACUAGUGUCGAAAGUAAACAUCCACACCUCGAUGGUGUCAACUCUGCUUAUGUCUGCAUAAUG